UAGGCGCACGUUCUCCACGGCGGCUCGUCAUCCGGGAACGUCUGAUUGUAAAAACCAGAUCUCCAAUUAAUUUGGGUGCAAGUGCCGUCUGAAGUGUCGAAAAUGGACUGGGGUAACUGGGGAAAAUAUCCUAAAGGGUUCGAUCCGGCUAUUCAUGGCGCCUUCGAUCCUGCCAAAUACUACGGAAAAGCUGAUAUUCCUUUUGGUGAAGUAAAACUUGGUGAAGUGGGAUCAUGGAUCUCUCGUCGCAAGAAAGGACCUGUUACUUUAGCUCAAAUGAUUGGCAGAGCUUACUGGCGUUGGCAACAUAAGUAUGUAUUGCCCAAGAAGUCUGGAGUAGCUCCAUUUUUCCAUGUGGCUGUUGGUUCCAUGAUCUUCUUCUAUGUCGUGAAUUAUCCUAAAAUUAGAUGGCACGGACACUACAAAUACCACUAAAUAAUGAACUCACGUCAAGAACGAAAUGUUUAAAAACGUAGCGUUCGAUGUUGGCGAGUUAAACUAGUUGUUCAACUCCAGUACACCAGUUUGUUUCAAUGAAUUCAUCGUGUAAUUGUAAUGGAUAAUAAAAAUAUCGCAUUAAAGUUGUCA